GUAAGCAAGCUGUGUAUGUAGGGUAAAACAGGCAACAAGUGCCCCAUAAGCUGGCACAUGAGUAUUAUCGACUGUUACAUCCAAAUCAACUAUAGUCCUGUAGAUCAGAAGCAAUCAUAUCCAGCAUAUUCUACCACAACACGGAGGAGUCAGCUGUUUGUGAAACCUGGCGGGGAACCAAGACAGCACAUGGAGUCUACAUACUGCCAUCCAUCUGUCAAACCGGUGUUCAAACCUGUCUGAGCUAAUAGAACAAAGACAGAAAAUCUGCCUGCAAAAUAAAUAUCUCUGCGCACAACACUUAUAUGUCAUUGCUACUUAGAAAAGCAAUAAAAACCAACAACAAAUGCAACCUUCGAAGGUGUUUCCUUCAUUACAAUAAAACAGUCUAUUAAUCUUCUAUGGAAAACUAUACUGUGUUUGUGAUUGUUGUGAAUAAGUCUAUGGAUGACUCUCAGGAUGGCUUAAUAAAUGUACAAGAUUUCUUCAGAAACCGAUCCUGAGGUGCGGCGGCAGUUCCCUGAUGACUACAGCGACCAGGAAGUUCUACAGACUUUGACCAGGUUUUGCUUCCCCUUCUGUGCGGACAGCCUAACGGUCAGCCAAGUCGGCCAGAACUUCACGUUUGUGCUCACUGACAUUGACAGCAAGCAGAGGUUUGGCUUCUGCCGAUUAUCUUCUGGAGCCAGAAGCUGCUUUUGUAUCCUAAGCUAUCUUCCAUGGUUUGAAGUGUUCUACAAGCUCCUUAAUAUCCUUGCUGAUUACACAGCCAAGGGACAGGACAGCCAGUGGAAGGAGCUGCUGAACACACUCCAUACCCUCCCAAUCCCCGAGCCAGGCGUGCCUGUACACCUCAGUGUGCAUUCCUACUUUACAGUGCCUGAUAUAAGAGAACUACCCAGUAUACCAGAAAACAGAAACCUAACUGAAUAUUUUGUAGCGGUAGAUGUCAAUAACAUGCUUCAUCUGUAUGCUAGUAUGCUUUAUGAACGCCGAAUCCUCAUCUGCUGUAGCAAACUCAGCACUUUAACUGCCUGUGUCCAUGGGUCGGCAGCAAUGUUAUACCCCAUGUACUGGCAACAUGUUUACAUUCCUGUUCUCCCACAACAUCUAAUUGACUACUGCUGUGCCCCCAUGCCCUACCUCAUAGGAGUGCAUUCAAGUUUGAUGGAGAGAGUGAAAAGCAUGGCCCUGGAAGAUGUGGUCGUCCUAAAUGUAGACACAAACACACUGGAAACACCAUUCGAUGAUCUUCAAAGUCUUCCUAAUGAUGUGGUUUCUUCUCUGAAGAACAGACUGAAGAAAGUGUCCACCACCACAGGGGAUGGGGUGGCUCAUGCGUUCCUGAAGGCCCAAGCAGCGCUGUUUGGCAGCUACAGAAAUGCCCUGAAGAUUGAACCAGAGGAACCAAUAACGUUCAGUGAAGAAGCCUUUGUGUCUCAUCGGUCAAGCGCCAUGAGGCAGUUUCUGCAGAAUGCCAUUCAACUCCAGUUAUUCAAACAGUUUAUUGACGGACGCUUGGAUCUUCUCAACUCUGGAAAAGGUUUCAGUGAUGUCUUUGAGGAAGAAAUCAACAUGGGAGAAUAUGCAGGCAGUGAUAAAACCUACCAUCAGUGGCUUUUCACAGUGAAGAAAGGCAGUGGCGCCAUUAUAAAUACAGUGAAAACAAAAGCUAACCCUGCCAUGAAAACAGUCUACAAAUUUGCCAAGGACCAUGCCAGAAUGGGUAUAAAGGAGGUGAAAAAUCGAUUGAAACAGAAGGAUAUCGCUGAGAAUGGCUAUUCCGCGGCGAUGGACGAAACACAGCCGAAGCUCACCGCAUCCCCGUUGACGGAGAGGAAGGAGGGCAAACAGAGGGAAGAGCGCAGGCCAAUCACAGUGCAUUUUGGGCAGCCUGAGCAACAGCGGCCCCCCCGGCCUCCCCCUCCAAAGCUCCAGCGUUCCACUCGGCCCGCCCGCCCCUCCAGGCCUCCACUUGUGAAGAGACCAGGGAGCAAUGUGGUGGACGAAGGGGGAAGGACCUUGGUAUCUAGCCCAGAACACAUGACCAGGCCCACCCGGCACUACACUGUCUUCCUGUCUGAGGACGACUCUGGAGACGAGCUCCAGCCUGAGCACCAAUCUGUGUCGGGCUUCUCUGAGAACUUUCUCUUCUCCGCUCCCUUUGAAUGGCCUCAGCCCUACAAGACGCUGAAGGAGGCUGAUAUUGCAGAGGCCGAGAAGGGGAUGGGCCACACAGCCCCUCCCAGCCCUGUUGCCUCACAGAGGAUCACAGAGAUUAAUCUGCUGGGCGAUAUCUUCAGCAGUCUGGACGUGGACUCGGAGAAGCAGCCCCUGAGCCAAGCCAAGAGUCUGGAGGACCUGAGGACCCCCAAAGAGGAGGGCCCACAGCAGGUCAAGUUUGGCUAUCAGCGAAUGGACCCAGGUUCAGACAACAGGACCAGAACGUUACCAGGAAUGAAGCAUUCCAAUCCUUACAACAAGCUGUGGAGCGUGGGUCAAGACGACAUGUCCACCCCCCCCAACACGUCUCUCAGCUCCUCGGAGCGGCUCCUGGCUGUCCGUCCAGCCGUGUCCUCCGAACAGCAGCGCCCCCCGAGCACAGAGGGCACGUUGGAGAAGACAGAGAACCUCUCCAGCAGCCAGAGUAACAUCACCAUCCCUCGACCGCAUGGAAGGAAAACCCCAGAGCUGGGCAAGGUUCUGCCCCCGCCAGUCCCGGUGCCACAAGUGGGAAAACACCCACCCCUAGCUGGAGCAGUAGACUCCGGGAAGACUUCAUCCAGCUCUGAUUUAGUCUCUGGGUUCUCACAGGAGAUCUUUGGUACCAAAGCCAGCAGUCAUGAAUUCAGACAGGCACUAAAUGCGUCUCCCUUGCCUAUGCAUUCAAGUGCCCCUGAUAUUUUGAAGCCUAUUAAAGUCAGUUCAGAAAGUGUUGCACCAGUUGACCUCUUAAGUCUUUUAGAUCCGUUGAGCACAGGCGUAGUCUCCCAGAGUAGCAGUCAAACGCCAAGCCCUGGAAAUGUGUCAGCUCCUACAGUGUCCUCUAGCCCUGCUUUAUUUACAGUGUCCUCCAGCCCUGCUUUAUUUACCUCUGACUUUAGUUUACCGGCUUCCACGUACAGCCAGCAGCUUGGAUACCCUCCUCCCGGGGUGGCUCAGUUUCCACCGUCAUCGCUCAAUCCAUUUACUAAGCGUGGCCUCCACUACCCUGCAACCGCACCACCAGGAGCCCAUUAUGUUGGCCCUGCACGCAAUCCUUUUAGCUCCAACUAUAUGUCCCCUAACGUGGGUUUCUUCCAAGCCCCAGCUAGACCUCACUUUGCCGCUCCGUCUGUUCCGGGACUGUUUGGUCAGCCUUCUGCGUUGGGACAAGCUAGCGGAGCUUUUAUUCAUCAGAGCCCAAGCCCAGUGCCGCCCAGCUAUGGACAGGCGAUGGGUUUAGGGAGCACUAGUAGCAGCAGCAACCUUCAUGACUCUGCCAAAACAUUACUGGACCACCCUCUGAUCCCCACAAAGCCAGUCCACGCUAGGAGUGACAGUCCGCUACCCCCGUCCAGAUCGCAAGAGGAGCCACAAGACCCAUUCGAGGAUGUGUUAAACGUAAUGAAGGACGACAUAGUAGUCCCAGGGCAGGGCCGAGUGGUACAGCUAAGAAAGAGAUGGGAGACCUUUGAGUAAAUAACAGGAAGGAUUUACACAGGAAUAACUAGGACAACAGGCUGGAACUUAAGAGACAAAAUGGGAGAGCAUUACUGCUGGACAGAACUGGAUUUUAGCUGGCAUUAAGUUUGUAACGAAACAGCUGUCCUAUGUUUUCAGUGACGAUUUAGCAACUAGUGUUUGCCUCUGCUGAGUUACGAUAUUUGUAAGUUACCGGCCACUUUAAUCCUUGAUUUCAGCCUUCUUAAACACACACUAUUAUAAGCCCUUGCUUACGCAGUGCAAUUCCACCAUGUUCUCCCAUGUUUAAUGCAUUUUUUGCUGCCUUUUUAUAUUGCUUUUGCUGAAAAUGUUGGUUCUUACUGCUUUGAUGCUGUUCCUCUCUUUUCACCUUGGUUCAGUUUCAUGUGUAGCUGGUCGUAACACCGAAAAGCACUCUCUAGUUAAGGCAAAGCUCUCUAGUCAAGCUGGGUUUUAAUAACCUUCUGUGCUAGUUUGAUUUUUGUAGAACUCAAGUUAGCUAAACAUUAAUCAUAGUGUACAAAUUAUACCAUACAGAAAUAGUACCUGUUAGUUUUGUAUAUAAGUAUUCAUCAAUACACAGAAAUGAUUUUCCUGCAAUAUGUUUUGAAGAAACCAAUGUUACUUGAUGUUUUUCAAUUCAGAUUUAGAGUUUGUGUUUUUGACUCAAGGUGAUAUUGUGGUGGUGUGUUUUACUCCCAUAGCAUUGCUCAACAGUGUACAAUAGCAAGUGGCCUUCCAGGCAUAAAAUGUAGUAACAAUUACAUCCAUGUCAUCAUUCAAGUUGGUCGAUUUGCAGAAACCCUAUGGGUUAUACGUCACCCUUUCAUUUAAAGUAAAGCUAUGAAAAAUAAAUCUGAAGAGCUGGAGUGUUAUUACUAUAGUGGAGAGUCUAUUACUAUAGGUUCCUUACUCAUUUGAAUUAUGUAGGUAAGUAGUGAGAUUCUGAGCUGAUAUUUCAAAUGUGGAGACAUACUUCCAGUAUGUUCUACUGCUUUACUUUGUAUUCGAUUUAGCAAUGUUUUUCACAUUGUUUUGUGCUGAAUAUCUUUAGGUUGUUGGCUUGUUAUGUUCCUUUUGUAUUCAGUUUGGAUUGCAGAUUCAUCACAUACAGAGCGUAGUUGACUGGGCUAGGCUAGUCUGUUGUCUUCACUGUAGACGAAGCAAUGGACUAGAAUAUAAGAAAAGCAUCAGAAACAAGCCAAUGUAACUCUUUCUUUUGAGUGUUUGACUUUCUGGUCUUAAUACCAGAACAAACAGGCAUGCAACCAAGUGUAAACUGCAAGCAGCAAUACAAUAAAAAUGAGCCUUAUUUUAAAAAGUAUUGGGAGGCCUUUUGAUCAAUAUUGUGCCAUCUUAUCUGUUUACAUCAAGAGUUAAAUAGAUGGACCGUGUUAGAUCCAGUACAUUUAAAUAUGACCAGUCACGUUUCCCCACGUGGGUCCCACAGCACUUUGACAUACUCGUGUUUUAAUGCCGGUAUAUUGACAAUCACAAAGUACAAAUUCAAAUCCUAAUAAUUUGUUACCAGGUCUGAAAAUGGUUUUCUGUGAUUGUGAUCGUUCUCUUUUUAUUAUAUCAGUUGUGCCAGUAUUGAGGUUCAUCAUCCUUUAGAUAAGUUAAACUGACCCCUGAAUGUUGCACUAGUCUUGGCAGUUUCUGACCUUGUAAAGUGACGAGGGCUCUAAAUGUUUGUCUACUUGAUUGAGUUAGAAGUUUUACCUUAGGAUGUUAAUGAAGCUAACGACAGUCUAGCAUAGUUCAAUACUGUGUCCUUGUGUUGAAAUCAGUAGCACUACACUCCAAGCCAGCUCCAUGUCAUUGGAAAGAUUGCCAUCUUAAAUACACUAUACAAACUUGUAGGUGGGAUCCACACAAAUGUUAUGUUGCAGUACCUGCAUGUACUUUAUCAAGUUUUCACUAUUUUUCUUCACUUAGCUAUGUCUUGAAUGGUAUACUGCAGUUAAACAAAUUUGUAUUAGGGAUGGAGUUAGGUGUAUUAUUGGCUACACCGUUAGUAAAGAGAUGUAUGAUAUUAAUUGUUCUUGUUAAUUCUCCUUAUUCAUUAAAAGUCCAUAAUACUGCACAAAAUAACUAUUAUGUAUUGGUACAUAAUAAAGUAUUCUUUUCUGUUAAAGGAAACAAAAUAUUGUGCUUUCGUUGUGCCUAGCUCAAUAGAGUUCUUUUUGUUUUUAUGAAAUCUGAAAUGCUGUAUAUAAAUCGCAGGUGAAAAAAGUGUUCAGAAUUUGCUGACAAACUUAAUAUUACAGUGAGUUGAUAGGCUGCAGUACUGUUGGUUCUGUAUGAGCAUUGCUUACUUUGUUCAAUAUUACAGACAGUUAGUUGAUAGGCAGUUAGUUGAUAGGCUCCAGUACUAUUGGUUUUGUAUGAGCCUUGCUUACUUUGUUUAUUGUGUUUUUAUCACGUGAACAAUACACUACAGACAAAACAAGAAAACCAACAAUGGCUUGAAACGAACACUAAUCCAGCAGCCAGUCUACUAAGUAUAUUAUUGAAAUGGUUAAGAGCCACGCAUUCAAUGGUAAAUGCAUUGUUCAUCCCUACUAGCUGCAUGAGCAGCUCCUAGUGGGAUCCCUACAGUCUCAUGAGAUGUAUUCAUGUGUACCAGUUUCAGUAAUAAACCUACAGAAGGGUUCAUCUGAAACACAUAACUGGGUGCUGCUCUAGAGCAGGUUUCAAGCCAUGGAUGAAGUAUUUGAAUGGUAUAUUUAAUGUGAGGUAGUCAACUCCACAAGUAUGAGUAAAUUAUUUUUCUUAAUGAGUCCUUAAACUGUUGUUAAUAAUAGGCAUACUAGAUUAUCAGGCUGUAAACCAAGCCAAAUGAAAUAAGUAGAAAGAAAUCUGGGUUUUAAAAAACUAUUUGAACGCCAUAAAAAUGUAUUAUAGGAAAGUCACGCAAUGUUGGUCGCCCAUUAUUUCAACUGCUCCUGGGGAAAAAAAUACAGUGAUGUGGCACUUCCCAGCUUUACAAAGCAGGUGUUUCCCCUUCGCUUUGAGUGUAGCUCACUGUGUAGAAGGCUGGUUCUGCACAUUGUGUUGCAGUUAAGUGAUAUGCUGCUGUACAACACACCCAGGGGAAGUGAGGAGAUCAGAUGAAGAAUUAACAGCCUUGACUGCAUGGGAAGGUACUUCAGAAAGAGGUAGAGCUGGUAGCACAGACUGGAAUAACAGCUUUAAGGACCAACUUUUCCAUUAAUGAGAUUAUUUUAAAAUGCACUUAUUUAAUAGAAAUAAAAAAUGAAACCUGCUAUAAUAUCUACAGGUAUGUUGGAGAUUUUAUAUUAAAAGACAUGUUUUCUCCAGUAAUAACCUUGACACUAACUUUGUGUUCACAAUUUGAAAUGAAGCCAAAGAAUAAAAAGCAUGGGGAUUGACAGGGUGUGUGUUAUACAUGUUGCUGAUGAAUAACAAUACAUGUUAUGCUCAGGUGCCCCACUUUUCUCUCCUUGGUCACAAUGCAACUGCAAAUCACUGAGAGGCAGAUCCCAAAACACAGCGGUGGUUUAUGACCUGCGUUACCUCUCUCUUCUAUGGUGACAUUCCAAUUUCAGAGACGUGUUUUCAUUAAUGUUGUUACAGGAGGGUUUUUUUUUGGUGUACUGUCCAAUAGCCUGUAGGACAUUGCAUACUGAAUAUGUUUCUUUAUCUGAAUUGAACACACAAAAUUGGCAUAAAUAUUAAUUAUUAAGUCUAUAUUUGUUUUACAGGGUAAUGGAUUGAUUUUACAGACACCUACCAAUGAUAUUCACUGCAGUCAUCUCCAAAACUCAUCUGCAUCUUCACACAUUACUGCACAGUCUGCAGCGGCUUUAAGUUUGAUUGAAUAGUGCCACGAAGCAGGGACAUAACUUGGGGCAGCACUGUGUUGUUGAAUGAAUGCGCCACUUUGUCGGUAGUAAAAAGUUAUUUUGUGAACCUCUUGUAAUACAUGAGAACCUUUGUAAAGAAAAAUGCUUCCUGGACAAUGUAAUUCUUUUCUUCUCUGGUGCCUCUGAAGUCCUUGUAGAAUGGAAGCCUUCUGUUUUGAUUCUGCAUUGCUGUACAUGCUAACGUGUUUGUAUUGGAUGUUUGCUCCUGGAUUAAACUGUGUUCCUGUCGCCGUGAUUGUUCCUGAUCAACGCGACUGAUUUGGGUUGGGAGUGGAGGGCGUGUUUUAAUAUGUUUUCCGCUCAAUGCUGCUGAUUAUUGUGUGUCAUUUUUAUUUUGAUUCCACGUGUUUAAAAAUAAAAACAACAAAAAAUAACG